AUGCUCCGCCAGGCUGUUCGAGGAGCCCGAUUGUACCAUGCAGCGCGCAACCCGUUGGGUCCCCAGCGCGCCUUCAGCGCCUUAACGCCGCGUGGGCUUGACUUCGGCGGACCGAACGAUAAGGUCAACUUCUAUGAGCAAGACGGCCCCGGCAAGAAAAAACGAAAAGUUGACCCCGAAUUCGAAGAAAUUGAAGAACGAAAAGAGGUUGAGGAGGAGCUCACGAAGCUUCAGGAAGAGCUCAAGGUUCUAGAGAGAGGUCCAUUCGCCCCCGACAGUCCUUUCAUACAAAGUUUGCCGGAAAACGACCGAAAGAUUGCUCUCGAAGCUCUCCGCAAAUAUGAAGAGGAUCAAGGGAAACAGGACCCCAAGCCCUCUCUGGACGAUGUGUUUGACGAAGAAAUGGAUGCGAUGAUGAGGGAAGAGUUCGAGGGUAUGGCCUUGGAGCAGGAGAAUUGGCAGGAUAGUGCUCGACAACAGCGCAGAAUAGCAGCGAGACAAGCCUCUGAGGCCAGGAAGCUAGCAGGCACUGAUUCCCAUCCCUACGCCGAUCGGUUCAGAAAAUCCAUCCGCCACUACAAUGAAAAUACAUCAGACGAACGCGCCUGUCAGGAUCUAUGGAAAUCGUAUCGACGCUGCAAACAGGCUAUCCCGGGUUUUCUUGACGCGCUCCCUACCGAAGCCAUGGAAUCAGUUUGGCAAUCGCAAAACAUCCCACAAUUAUCCAAAACUGUGCGGUCUACACACCUAGAAACUUUGGUUAAAGAUGCCAGAUCCGUUGGCAAGUCACUCGCCACGCCACAGAUUCUGUCCUAUAUUCAAGCUCUACACCAUGGCGGCGCAACAAAAUUGGCGCUAGAAGAGUGGGAGGCAUACCAAACGGAACUUUCACAGAAAAAGCAGGAUCUCGAGAAAUACUGGAUGCUCGGCGUUCAGCUCUUUGCGGCUGAGAGUAACCCUCAACGGGCACAAGACAUAGCAUUGGCAUUUUUGGUAAAUGACAAAUCCCGUCAACCAAGAGUGUUGAUCCCUGUGAUCAUAGCAUGGGCAAAUUUACCAGGAAAGGAACCCGAGGUCAAAGCGUGGUCGUUGUACUUACAGUUGAAGACGUUCUUGGGUACGAACAUGACCAUGGAAGAUUAUGAUGUAAUCAGCAUUGGUCUUCUCACAGCUGGUAGAUUGGAUACGGCUGUGGCGGUAUUCAAAGAUAUGAUGGUGACAGGAAAGACGCCUACGAAUGAUUCCACGGCCGUGUACAAAGCAGCCCUUGGCCUAGCUGGCAACCUUCAGGCGUCAAGUAUCAGUGAGGAAGCCGUGAACACAGUCUCCUUAUCAGUGCUUACCAUGCUGCCUCGCGAAUUCCAGAACAGAUUCUUCUUUGCCAGUUGGAUGAAGAAGCUUAUUGGAAUGGGCCAAGUCGACUCAGCUGCACUUGUCAUUGAACUGAUGUACGAACGAGGUGUCCGACCGGACUCCAAGCAUCUUAAUGGAUUGGUUGCCGGAUGGCUACGUGAAGGUAACCCAAAUUCACGAGACAAGGCAGAACGACUGGCAUGGUCUAUGGUACAACACCGCAUCAAUGCUGUAUGGAAGCGAUACCAGCCAAUCAACCCAACGCCAAAAUUGGAGGUUCAGCACCAGAAGGUUGAUCCCAGUCUAAUCCCACAGUUUUUGAAGCGGGAUAUACCACCGGCGACCAUUGAGACAUUUUCCAUUCUUCUUCUUCACUACACUCGCCGAGGCGACGAUGACAUGGUCAAGUACUUAGUCAAGUGCCUUGGCGAUGCGUACAUUCAACCAAAUUCGUAUUUUAUGAACCAUCUCCUCUUCGCCGAACUCCGCAAACAAGAUAUUCGUUCCCUUUGGACCAAGUUCCAAAAGAUGUCAACCUCUGUCCGACCCGAUUUAGAAACUUAUGCAUGCUUAUGGGACUGUGCGAAACUCCAGUAUGAUCGCGGGCGUACCUCCUUCGAUGUGGAAUUUCCAUCUGCUCGACGUCUGUUUGCUGGAAUGAUGCAAUGGUAUUCACAGCUGCCUCCACGCGCUCACAAAGACACAAAACUCGCGUUCUCCAAGGAGUUGUACGAUCAAAUCAUACGUUGUUUCUGCCUCUCCAAGGACAUUCCCGGUACACUUGUGGCAUUGAAUUCAAUGCGAGAGACUUUUAAAUUCACCCCAGAUGAUACAACUGCCCGUAUGAUUGUGCUUCAGGUUGCUCGCUUGGCCGGUGUACCGGCUGGUACGCCCAAACAUCGCCUCCGUCGGCUGUCAUCGACACCUCGUAGCAAAGAGAACAUCGCACAGGUCACGCGUCUCCUUGAGCUGCUUGGUGAGCGGAAGUCAAUGGCUCUUAAAGCUCAAGGCUUGAGUCUCGAGCAGCUUGAUCCCUACGAAACGCAGCAGUAUCAGCUUGAGAUCAUGGGCCAUUUGUUGCGCAUCGUAAUGAGCCGAGCAGACCGUCUGGACCCGGCGCAAGUUGAAGAAAAAUUGGACCGGGCCAUAGCGGAGAUGGGAUUGCGGGAUAUUGAUAUUGGACCGCCCUUGGGGGUGGAUGACAGUCAAUUGCUGUAA